CGCUGGACCACAUUGAAAUGGGUCUGAUGUUGUUGUCAAACAGUACAGUGUGCGGCGCAUCCCUCCUCAGGAGCAUCUCCAACAGGACAGCCUUCAUUGUACUGGUGUCAAACAGCAGCCACGUUACUGACAGCCUCAUAACACCAGCUCCCAUCAUCAUCAUCACCAUCAUCAUCAUCAUCAUCACAGCAGGCUCCAGUGUGCAUGCAUCUCUCAGUGCGGCUGAAAAUCAUGGGACGGUCGCGCUUUGCGUCAUUGUUGUUUCUCCUCUGCUCCAUCCUGCAGACAAAUGCAUUGACAACAUGUGGAGCCAGGCAGUUCCAGUGUGGGAAUGGGAAAUGUAUAACGGCGCGAUGGGUGUGUGACGGCACGGACGACUGCGGAGACGGCACUGAUGAACUUCCUGGUACCUGCAUGUCCAAAACGUGCAGACCGACAGAGUUCAGCUGCGCGGACCGCCUUAACCAGUGUAUACCAAGCACCUGGCGCUGUGAUGGAAAAGCUGACUGUGAGAAUGGAGCUGAUGAAGACAGCUGUGCACCAAGGCAGUGCACAAACACCGAGUUCCGCUGCAGGAACGGCCAGUGCGUGUCGUCUUCCUUCGUGUGUGACGACGAGGCGGACUGUGAUGACGGCAGCGACGAGGCCUCCUGCCCACGCGUCACCUGCAGCCCCACGUCCUUCCAGUGCAACAACACCGUUUGUGUCCCCCGCCUGUGGGCCUGCGACGGCGACACUGACUGCGCAGACGGCUCGGACGAGUGGCCCCAGAACUGUGGUACGAAGGCGCCCAACACCGCUCCCACUCAUCAGUGCUCGUCACUGGAGUUCCACUGCGGCAGUGGAGAGUGCAUCCACGGCAGCUGGAAGUGUGACGGAGGAGCUGACUGCCAUGAUCGGUCGGACGAAGCCAACUGUGCUCGCACCACCUGCCGUCCUGAUGAGUUUGAGUGCGGUGAUGGCACCUGCAUCCACGGCAGCCUCCAGUGCAACCAUCAGUACAACUGCAGGGACAUGAGUGAUGAAAUUGGCUGCGUCAACGCGACCCACUGCGAGCCCCCAACUAGAUUCAAAUGCCGAAGUGGGGAGUGCAUCAGCAUGGAGAAGGUGUGUGACAGGAAGCGUGAUUGCAGGGAUUGGUCGGAUGAGCCUCUGAGGCAGUGUGGCUCCAACGAGUGUCUGUACAACAACGGCGGCUGCUCUCAUAUCUGCAAAGACCUGAGGAUCGGCUACGAGUGCCUGUGUCCUACUGGGUAUCGCUUGGUUGACGCGAAGCACUGUGAAGAUAUCGACGAGUGUGCCAACCCCGACACCUGCAGCCAGAUCUGCAUCAACCAGAUGGGCAGUUACAAAUGCCAGUGUGAGGAGGGUUACCAAGUCGACCCAUCAACCAAAGCCUGCAAGGCCAUCGGUACGAUAGCCUACCUUUUCUUCACCAACCGUCAUGAGGUCAGAAAGAUGACGUUGGACAAAAGUGAGUACACCAGAGUGAUCCCCCGCCUGAAGAACGUUGUGGCUCUUGACAUGAACAUGGCCGCCAAAGAGAUCUACUGGUCCGACAUCUCCCAGAAGAAGAUUUACAGAGCUCAGAUGGACUCGGCCGAUGACCCCACUCAUCACAGCGUAGUGAUUGGCAGUGGCAUCGAUGCUCCUGAAGGCAUUGCUUUUGACUGGAUCCAUGGUAACCUGUACUGGACCGACAGCAUUCGCAGCACCAUCUCCGUGGUAACCGCUGACGGUAGCCGGCGCAAAACUCUCUUCCACCAAGACUUGUCUAAACCCCGCGCUAUUGUGGUGGACCCCCACAGCAACUUCAUGUACUGGACUGACUGGGGGACUCCCGCUAAAAUUGAGAAGGGAGGUUUUAACGGAGUUGACCGCAGCGCUCUGGUCACCGACAACAUUGAGUGGCCCAAUGGAAUCACACUCGACCUGCUGAACCAGCGGCUCUACUGGGUGGACUCCAAGCUGCACACCCUCUCCAGUAUCGACGUGCAGGGCGGUGGUCGACGCACCCUCAUCAUUGACGAGCACAGGCUGGCUCACCCGCUUGGCCUCACUGUGUUUGAGGAAAAAGUGUUCUGGACGGAUGUCAGUAACAGUGCAAUCCUCAGUGCAAACAGGCUGACGGGUGGUGACAUCACACCACUGGUAGAGCACUUGUCAUCGCCAGAAGACAUUAUUCUCUACCAUAACCUCAAACAACCCACUGGAAGGGACUGGUGCCAGGUGUCCGGCUGUGAAUUCUUGUGCCUGGCAGCUCCUCAAGUGGGCAGACACCCCCCCAAAUACACCUGUGUCUGUCCAGACAACAUGAUGUUAGCCAGGGAUAUGAGGACAUGUGUGCCUGCUGUGCCAACACCUGCAGCUCCCGUGCUGCCUCAAGUCCCUGCUACCAACCCUCCCCCUCCUCGGCCAACAGUACCAGCCAGCACCACACCUACACCCCAGGUCCACACCACACCUACACCCCAGGUCCGCACCACCACAGUGCCCGCUGUAAUCACCACCACUGCGGCCAGGCCAGCGCCACGCACCACCAAGCCUCCUGUAAGGACCACCACGCCUGAACCAAAGACCCCAUCACCCCGUCCAGUGAACCCCAAAAUUCUCCAGACCACCACAGAGACUCCAGUCACUUCAUCAGAUAUCCGACAUGAAUUUGCUGCUGUACCCGACGCUGCCUCGCCCACCCCGAUCGCUCUGUAUAUUGCUCUACCUCUGGCGAUUGUCUGUCUGGUGGCUGUUGGUGGCGUGCUGCUAUGGAGGAACUACAGGCUGAAGAACACCAACACAAUUCACUUUGACAACCCUGUUUAUCAGAAAACCACAGAGGACCAAGUGCACAUUUGGAGGAGCCACAGCCCUGACGGUUUCUCCUACCCAAAAAGACAAAUCGUGAGCUUGGAUGAAGAGGCAGACAACCCGGCCUUCACAGAAAACUGAGACGCGUUGCGCAGAGUGGAAAGAAAAGCCUCGAUGAUAAGCUACCUUGGACGUCCGUUUGUAUAUUUACCUCACACAGCACAAAGAUAUGGAAGUCAAAGCCAAUAUCAAAACCACUAUAUCCUCACAGACGAACAAGCGCUCUGCAGUGGGAAAACCAGGGUCAAACGUAUUUUCAGGUUGCACAUUUUUUUCCCAUCAAGUUGACAAUCCAUUUCUCACUAGAUCUUACCAAAUCAGCAGAUGAUGGAUUCUUUGAUCCAACUUUUUUUUUUUUUUUUUUUUUUACUCGCUAUCCUCACUGUGAUGCUGAUGAUAUAGCUGCUAUGUUUACAUGCACACUAAUAUUCUACUUUUAUUUUGUAUAUUACAGUUUCCGGAUUUGAUUCGGGUCAUGUAAACAGUGUUUGAAGUGGUACAGGACAUGUUAGGGAACAUUAAUCAGAGUAUGCACAGCUGCAUGUUAACGGGAAAAUGAAUCGAAUAUUCAUUUUUAUUAGCCACAGUUUAGUAGGAAUAUUGUAUUUUUCGGAAUGGGUGAAAAAAAGGAAUAUUUUGUGCAUGUAAAUGUAGGAGUUGUUGAGGCUUCAUAAUGUCUCGUUUUUCAUGCAUCAGUUUAACUGAGCUCAUUUAAUACAACUUAUAAAUAGGAAUUCCCUCUAACGCAGAGAUACUCAACUUGCCCGCUGGGUGGCCCGCUGACUGUUUUUUAAUUGGAGAAGAAAACAAAUUGAUUCACAGUGGGAUUUUUUUGUACUUUUAAUGUAAAAUAAGGUGCCAGAGUGCACAAAAAAGCAUCAAAAUAGAGCUUGUGCAUUUAAAACAAUUGCAACUGGAGGAUCCCUCAUUUUAAUAAUUAUUAUAAUAAUAAUUAUUAUUUAAGGUGGCAGGGUUGUACAGUGGUUAGCACUGUUGCCUCACAGCAGAAGGGUUGAACCCACUGACUGGGGCCCUUCUGUCUUCCUUCCACGGUCCAAGGACAUGCAGGUUGGGACAGCCCCCCCUGUGACCCUUACAGUCGGUUACAGAUAAUGAUUUAAUGAAUGAAAAAUUAUUUAUAUAUUAAUUAUUGUUUGUUCAUUAAAAAUGCAAUCCUCCUGCCAUUUUGCAAACGUGGCACCAGGGCAAAGCAAGUUGAGUAUCUCUGCUGUAACGUGUUUUAAUUCACACACGUGUUGUAAAUAUAAUUUUUGUCUGUUUGUGGAACAUUAUCAAACCUUAUUUGCUUUGUUUUUUGGCCACUUUCAUAUCUGUACGGUAAAUAAAAGGCCACCACUAUCUCCAGACGCUACGCUAUGCUACGCUUAGCUUAGCUUAGCUCAAAGACUGGAAACAGGGGAAACAGCUAGCAUUGUGAGAAUUUGGUAGUUCUCACACUUUUGUGAUAGGUGUUUUAUUUUUGUUUUGUUUGAUUAUUUGUGAGCUUUAGAGAUGUCGGUGGACAUAUUUUAUCACAUUUGGACAGAGCUAGGCAAGCUAACCCUUGUUUCAACUCUUUGUGCUAAGCUAAGCUAAGCUAACCAGCCACUGGCUCCAUCCACAUAUUUAUCAGAUAUGACAGUGGUAUCAAUCAUCUCAUUUAACUCUCGACAGGAAAGCAAAGAUGCAUAUUUCCCAUUAUGUUAUACUAUUCCUUUGAUUGUGAUGAAGCUGGAGCCAGGAGGCGCUCACCUUAGCGCUAAUACUCAUUGCUUUUAAGCUUUACUUUCUGUGUGUAGCAACAACAAAAAAUAAUGUUCACCUAAUAAGUGAGCUUUAGACAUGCUCGUUGGUGGAUUUAAUUACAUUUGGACAGAACCAGGCUAGCUGUUUGCCCUGUUUCCAGUAUAUAUGCUAAGCUAAGCUAAGCUAAAGUAAGCUAAUCUCCUUAUGUCUCCAGCUCUGUACUUAUUACCGACAUUUCUCUUUGUUGUUGACUUUUAUCCCAAGACAAACACUAACACCAGAGCAGAUUUAAAGUUGAGUGUACAGUGGCUGAAUGUAAUACUGACAGGAAUUCUGCAUGUGCCAGUUUAACCAGCGUGACCUCAAUAAGUCUUAAUGAUGUGUGUGUCGUUAUGAGUUCAAUACCAGUCAUUGCCUCAGUCGUGAAACACAAAAAACCACCAGAAGCAACCUUAUCUUGCAGAAAUAUGUGAAAUGACCACGUCCUCGUAUCACCCCAUUACAUGGUGGUGGUAUAUAAUGUGUUAAAAUUAUGUAGGGGAAUGGUCGGAGUUUUAAACAUGCGAUUAAUGUUUCAUUAGGUUGAAGGAACAAAACUACUUGGUUAGGUUUAGGGGGAAAAACUCUUCGUCACACUUAGAAAAAGAUUGUGUUUUUGGUUAAAAUUGGUAUGUUUGUUAAGUAUGAGGCGUAAGUAUGUCAUGUAAUGUCACGUGACACAAGUACGUAUUGUUAAGAUAAGUAAAUGUUACCUUCGGGUUUCAAACAGGACACAAACUGCGGUCUCCUGGCUGAAAGUCAUAUGUUUGUUUGACUUUCUCGCUUUUUACACUACAUAUAGGAUUGCAUGAUGAUGUUUAACCAGGAAUUUCGUUUCAGUUUUUGAAGAUUGCAGAUAACAAUUAGAAUACCGUCAGUGUACAUCGCUCAGGAGGUCUUUCUGCUGUCGAAUUAUCCGUAGAGUUCUCCUCCUCAAAAUCCGGUAUCUCAUUAUUAAUAUAAUCUCUCACGAAGACUCACUCCCUAUGUAGAUAUAAACAGCUCACUCUAGGGUAACAAAAACACAAAGACUCUUAUUUUCAGGUGUGUAUGCACUAAAGAAAAUACACUUAUUAUAUUCCAUUUCUUCCAAAACAUUCCCCUAAAUCCUACACUCUAAAACUUUAAGAGGUUGUCAUCAUUUCACUUAUUUUUGUGAAACCAGGCUGACCCAAAAGGUCCUAAACACACUGCUGUAGCUGACCUCUAAUAAUACUCACUGUGCCUUGAUUUAUACUGCGCUCUGUAAUAGCCUUCAGAUUUCACAUAUCACCAUAUGGUAACAACAUAAUGUUCUUCAGCAGCUGUCUUUUGUUCCUUAGUUUCUCUGAACCCUUAUCCAGCUCCAUUCUCUUGAUUUGUGAUUGGCUGUCUGAGCACUGGGGAGCCACCCCUAAAUUUUCCUGCCCUACGCCCCUCUUGGGGGGACCAGUGCAUUCCUCAAAGACUGAGAGGCUUUGAUGCAACCACAUGUGACCAGUGGGGCCAUGUCUAAUUCUCUGUACCAUGGCACGUGACCUGUAUAUUUACAUCCUCCCCCAGGACCAAAACUUGCCUCCCACAUUCCUGAAAAAGAGCCAUGUGCCCCAUCAUGGUUUUAAAAACACAAGUUGCUUUGAGCUCCUUUAUUUGUAUUGCUGACAAAUGUGUGCCUUUUUAAUUACAUGUUUUGCUCACAUGUUCAUGUUGGUGGUAUUGAACUCAGUGGAUAUGUAUAAAAUCAGUGUGUCUUCCUGUUUACAGUUAAUUGUCUGAGGGAUGUUGCAGUGUUACUUUCAAUUGAGGUAACAUCUAACAAAGACGUGUUGAGUUAGGUUAAUGACUGUUGUGAGGCUUUUAGAAAGAAAACACGUGUCUAGUCAAGCUGUACAUAAUGUCAUUUCACAUUCACCAGAUUAAGCAUGUAAAUAUAAUGUUCAUAAAUGUAAAUAUUGGUUCUUUACUGUUUUUUGGUAAUAAUGUCACUGUUUUAGACUUUGUUGUAAACUUUAAACAUUUGCUGUACAUAAAUAAAUGCUUCUAUUUAUUAUAGAAUCA